CCCAUCAAGGACACACAUCAAUCACAAUGGAAUCCAGCAGCAAGGCUCCCGUCAAGCUCGUCAAGGUGACCCGAGUUCUCGGCCGAACCGGCUCUCGUGGUGGUGUCACCCAGGUCCGUGUCGAGUUCAUGGACGACCAGACCCGUUCUAUCAUCCGAAACGUCAAGGGACCCGUCCGUGAGGACGACAUCCUUUGCCUGCUCGAGUCCGAACGUGAGGCCAGACGUCUGCGAUAAAUUUCGAAGGUUAGAGCGGAGGAAAAGAAAGCAGAUGGUAGAGGUUCUCAAUGGCGUGAACGGGUACGGGUCAUUUUCUUUUGGGUGUGUUCCAACUGGACAUUACGGCCUCUUGUGACGACGG